UAUUAUUAUGUAGCGUAGACCACUUGGUAUUGCCUGUGAACAAGGACAUACAGAAAUAGUUAAACUACUACUGGAGCAUGAAGAUAUUGAUGUUACUAUAUGUGAUAAAAAAGGUCUUAAUGCUCUUGAUAUUGCUGUAGAGAACAAGAACGAAAAUGCUGCAAUGGCUAUAGUCAAAAGUGAUAAGUGGGAGGAUGCAUUACAGUAUACAGAAGCAAGUGAUGGAAAUUUUAAUAAAAAGAAAGGGGGUGGAAUUAGAAGAAUAUAUUGUUGCACAAGAAGGAAAAAUCAUGGAGCCAAAAAGGAAUUCACAACACCAAUGAGAAGGAUAAUUAAGAAUAUGCCAGAUGUAGCUAAAGUUGUUUUUGAUAAGUGCUGCACGAUAAAUAACCCACCAGAUCAUCCUGAUUGUGAGAUUAUUUUUAAUUAUGAGUUCCUUGAUGAUUUUGAUCGGUAAGAAAUUAAUAUGUAAGACCAGGAGUCCAUAAUCUGGACUCCUGGUAAGACUUACUUUGUUAUUUGUAAUGACUAUUAGACUACCAUCAAAGUACUCUAGUCAGAAUCAUUGUCUUAAUAUUCUUGCUAAUUCGCCAAGUAGGGGCUUAUUGAAGCAUCCACUUGCUGUUUCACUUUUUCAUCAAAAAUAGAAUAAAUAUGGCCAAAAAUUAUAUUAUUCUAAUUUGAUAAUUUAUUUUGUGUUUGUCAUUCUGCUGACAUCAUUUGCUUUUUUGAUCCAGCCUCCAAAUUCAAGCAAAUGUAUGGAGGUACGUAUGUUUGGAAACAACACUAACACUGUUAUUGAGAGACUUGAAAAUGACACUGGUACAAGUGAUUGCUUUUUGAAGGAAAGUUUUGUAUCUCAAAGAUACAUAUCUAUUGCUAGUACAUGCCUGAUAGUUUAUUCUGCAAUCAUGAUAAUACGGGAAGCAUUUCAACUGAUUCAGUUCCAACUAAAGUAUUUGACCAGUCCUGUCAACUUCAUUGAAGUCUCACUGUUUAUCUUUACAAUAAUGUUUGCAUCAGUACAUAGCAACCAGUGCUAUUGUACUCAUCCAUGGCAGUGGCAGGUUGGAGUGAUUGCUGUAUUCCUCAGUUGGAUUGCACUUGUAUUCUCUAUAAGGAAGCUACCAAUAGUUGGAAUAUAUGCAAUCAUGUUUAUUACAAUUUUUAACAACUUUAUCAAGGCUGUUGUCCUUGCCUUACUAUUAAUCUCAGCCUUUGCAUUCCCUUUUUAUAUGAUGUUUUAUGAUCCUCAAGAUAGAGCAGAAGAAAUACGUACUCCAUUUAUCACUCCAUGGAGGACAAUUAUCAAAACAAUAAUAAUGACAAUGGGAGAAUAUGAUAUGGAUUCAUUAUUGCGACAGAAUAAUCAAAUGAAUGCUCCUGAUGUACAGUAUCCAGUGGUUUCAUUUUCAUUAAUAAUUGUAUUUGUGGUUUUAAUGCCAAUUCUAUUUCUUAAUCUAUUGACUGGUUUAGCUGUUGGUGACACUGAUGAAAUACAAAGAUCAGCUGAUGCAUACAGACUAAAUUUGAAGAUUGAAUUUGUGCUAUCUAUUGAAGGAUUUCUAAGAUCAGGACAUCGGUUUAGGUUUUUAAGAAGGUCAGCCAUUGUUAAAUUACGAAAAGUAAUACACCCAAACCGAUUGGAAAAAGGUGUCUUGGAUCAAAUGAAUGAUUUCAUUGAAAAGAUUGAAAACUCUAAUACAACUGCACCACCGGCAACUGUAACUGAUGUUGAGAAUCAGAUCAAACCGUUAUAUGAAGUGAAGAACCAAUGCAGUUCGGUAUCUCAGAAAAUAUGUUUGGUAUCUGAGGAGGUGAAGGGUCUACGCAAUUCAGUUACUUCAGUAUCUCAGGAGGUGAAGGAUCUACGCAGUUCAAUGGAUCAGUUGUUAGCUAUUGUUAACAGUAUAAAGAAUGAAAGAGUAGGAGGAGGAGGUGGAGUACUAGGAGAAGAGAGUUAACUUUAACUUUAAAUUUUAUUGUGUGGAAUUUAUAUUUUAAUGCUGAACUUUUUAUAUUUUGUUUGUCUGCAUGCCAUCCCCAGUUAUUAUUUCUUAUUGCUAAUAAUAAUAAUAAUAAUAUAGAUCUAGUUUUUAUUUUGUGUGUCUCCUUAUUGCUAUUACUGAUUAACUUGUGUGCUGUCAUUUGCAACAACAGUGCUUAUUUUUAUUUGUGAUGGUAAAUUGCUAUUGUCAAAA